AUGAAAAAAGUUACAUCUCGUUGGAUACCCCAUCAACUGAAUGAUGAACAAAAGCAAGAACGACNUCGUCGACGCAAAUUUGAACGAAAAAAUUUAUUUUCUAUAUUCUUUAAAUCAAAUGGUCCUGUUCUAAUACAUGCUGUUGAUAAUGACGAGACUAUAGAUCACGACUAUUAUAUAGAAAAUUGUCUCAAGCCUGUUGUCAAAGAAAUACGGAAACAAAGAAAGUCAAAUGAAGAAGGUAUCAAUAUAAUACCACAUCCACCAUAUUCACCUGACCUUGAACCCUGUGAUUAUUGGGUAAAUGAUUACAUCAAACAGAAUUUAACUGAUCAACCAGAUGAAAAAUCAUUGGCUCGUGGAGUUUCCAAGCUAAUAAAAAAUAUUCCAGAAGAAGAACUUAAAAAAACUUUUGACAAAGUAUUAGAGAGGAUGGAACUUUGUAUAAAUAAUCAUGGUGACUAUUUCGAACAUUCAAUAAAAUAA